GCCAUUCGCACAUUUGUGAAUGCGCUGGAACGCGACGGACGCCUAAAGUCCGGCGUCCUUACCUUUCCAACCGUAGUCGAGAAGUGCCAGUAUGUCAAGGCGCAGCGGAGCCCCGCGGCACCCAACGGCAAAGCUAAAAGGCGGAUGGAGUCCGGAGGAAGACGCGCUUUUGACAAGGCUUGUUAAGAAGUUUGGCGAGGGCAACUGGAGCCCCAUUGCGCGCGCUCUCAACGAGGCGACGGGCAAAACCGAGUCAACCGGUCGCAUCGGCAAGCAAUGUCGCGAGCGAUGGAACCACCACUUGAGUCCCGGCCUUCGUAAAGAUCCCUGGACUCCAGAAGAAGAGGUGAUGGUGGUAGAUGCGCACAAGCGACUCGGUAACAGAUGGAGCGACAUAGCGCGUUGCAUCCCAGGACGCAGCGAGAAUGCCGUGAAGAACCAUUGGAACGCAACUCUUCGUAAGCGCGUCACGCCCGAGAACCCCGCCGGUCCACUCAAGGAAUACCUGGACAGUCUAAACCUGUCCGUGGCGCCACGCAAGCGCGGCAACGGCGGCGGCGUUAAGCGCAAGCGGCCCUCCAGG